CGUCGUACCUCCACAGCAUGGAGCUGGCGCGUUGGUACUUCUGCGCGUACGUUGGCAACAAUGGCCGUGUCUCUAAAUGGCAGCAACAUCAACGAGAACUAACCUCCUAACCUCUUAUCACCAAAAACGCUGUUGUCGUGCGUGCUGUUUUGCAGUGCGAAUGGCAUUCUGUGGCAUGCGAUCAAGAACCGGCGCAUGGUCGUCGUGGGCUCGCAGGCGAUCCGCUAUCGCCACGCGAUCCCUCCGUUCCACGCGUACGAGAUCAAGACCCAGGUGGUGUAUUGGGACGACGACUGGAUCUACCUCUUGCACCAGUUCCAAGACCCCGACACCGGCAAGCAGUUCGCCGAAGGACUCGUGCGUGGCGUCGUGAUGAAGGGGCGUCGCCGGGUGUCUGCCAACCGCGUGUUCGCUGAAGUGAGCGGCGGCGAGGCGGUCGAAGCCCCCAAGGAGGUCCCCGACGUCGUGAAGUGGUUUCUGGACUGGGACGGAGCGUGCGCCACAAGCAUGAGAGAUGCAACCAAGAAGGCGGAGCUGGAACUGGAAGAAAAUCCUCCUUCACCCACGCCAGAGAAGCUCGGCGCGCGCGUCUGGCAGGAGAUGAGGAAGUCCAUGAACCUGCCGUAGGGUAUGCCCACGGCAAAAAAAACACCGUUCAUAGUACACUUUUUUGUCGUUUUUCACGUCGAAUCGGCUUUUUUCCGACGUGAAAAACAAGGGAAGUGAACACAGUUGCUGGCCGCAUGCAAUUGCAGGCAGUAUCAUUGCGCACGUCGUGAUGGUAGGCCGCAUCGUGUGGAAUGUGGGCGCCGGGCUGGUGCACCGCCUGCUGCACAAGGCCAGCAUCCGGCCGGGCAUGGGCUUCGCCUACCCGUCCGUGUGGCGCGCGCGCCCGGGUUUCCUGGACUGCGACAUCAACCUGCACCUCAACAAUGCGUCCUACCUCUUCAACAUGGAGCUCGCGCGCUGGCACUUUUGCGCGUGAGUCAAUCUACCUAAACUGGCAACAGCCCCAUCCUCUAACGCCUUCCAACCCAGAAAUCUCACUUUUCUUGCUCUGUGUUGCUGGCAACAGGGUGACUGGCAUCCUCGGCAACGUGGCUCGCCACCGCCGAGCGUUACUCGUGGCCUCGCAGGCCGUGCGCUACCGACACCCGAUCCCGCCCUUCCGGCCCUACGAGAUCCGCUCGCAGCUCGUGUUCUCCGACGACGAGUGGAUGUACUUCCUGCACCAGUUCCAGUGCCCCACCACUGGCAAGCUCUACGCGGAGGGCUUGUGCCGCGCCAGCUGCCGGCAAGACGGCAAGACGGUCUCGGCCGCCAAGCUCUACGUCGAGGUGUUCGGCGGCGACGCCGAGGCGCUGCAGACGCGGGGCAUGCCCGACGUGGUCAAGCAGCUGCUCGAGUGGGACGGCGCGGCUCGCAUCGAGCUUGAGACGCCUGACGAGGCCGCGCGCCGCGAACGGGAGACGGCGUUGCCCUCCGCCGACAAAAAGGUGCUGGCACAGGCCACGCGCUCGUGGAACUUGCCCGUGUAAAACGAGCACAGUUUGUACUGCCUCGAACCGGAUAGAUGACCGAGUUUUUGUAUAGAAAUCCAGCCUUUUACCUAACCAACUGGCGUUGUACGAUGGCAAAGAUAGAGAGAUGCGUCGAGAAGUUCUCGAACAUACCGGUACCUUCGGUCUCGCCUGUUUUAGCACACUGAGUUCUCGCAUCGUUACGGUUCCCUCGGUCCCAUCACGAGCUGCGAGUGUGCUCGCGACAAGACGCCGAAGGAAGGCAGGCGCGACCACCAAAGGAGAGGAAGGACGAAGAGAACGAGGAGAAGAAGGGAAGUGCAGAUGGUUUGGAUGCAGAAUACUGGUACUAUAUUAGAGCUCGGUCCGCGCUGAACUGGAGCGUGCACUACGCUGAGGACGCAGCUGGACACGGGGGCGAAGCGCAAACGCGCUGCCUGCUAUUAAACUACUCGGGACGCUUGGUCGCCCUCGCAGCUCCACGGGCGGCGGCUUGCCGUCGAUAUUCGGAGCGCAGGGGGCAUC